AAGACGACACAACGCACGCUUGGCCUGAACGAAGCCAAGAUCAGGGUAACACACUCGGGCAUCUGUUAUACUGAUGUUCAUGCAAAGGAGAAGGCUUGUGGACUAGGCCAUGAAGGUGUAGGCAUUGUCACUGACCUUGGAGCCAAUGUGACAUCUAUGAGUCUUGGUGAUCGGGUUGGUUGGGGCUGGUUGCGAAGCGUAAGUGGACAUGUACGUGAUUUUAAGACGAGAGAACUGAGGAUGUCANNGUCCUGCGGCAGUUGCUCCGUCUGUGUCGAUGGAUAUCGCCAGUACUGCGCUCAAGCAAGCGGCUUUGCUUUCUGUGACCAAGAGCAAGGCGCCUUUGCCGAUUUCCAUAUCAUUGAUGCCGAUUUUGCAUACCACAUUCCGGCCGAGAUACCUUCUUGGCAAGCUGGUGUAUUCAUGUGCGCCGGUGCUUCUACGUAUGAGGCAUUGGAUGCAGCGGGCACGAAGCCACACCAUCGUGUUGGUGUUGUUGGCUUAGGUGGUCUCGGUCAUAUGGCCAUUCUUUUCGCUAGAGCAAUGGGCUGUGCUGUCACGGUUUUCUCGAGCUCGACUGACAAGGCAUACGCUAAAGCUGAAGAUGCUUUCGAACUGGGUGCCGACGAGCUUCGGGCCUUAAGCAACAUUAGUACAUCUAUCAUGCAAAGCAGCAUCGAAGGCCAUUUGUCUAUCAGCAAAUUCCGACCCAUAUCGCUAAUAGACGUUCUACUCGUCUGCGCCAACGAGACACCCGAUCUCGAGGCGAUUUUGCCUUUCCUGGCACGCAGAGCAACGAUCGUUCUCAUGUCGAUACAGCAGAAGCCUCUGGUCGUCCCCUAUAUGCCAUUUAUACUUCCUGGUCACAGGAUUAUUGCUUCCACCGAGGCUUCGAGGAAAACCCAUCUUGCCAUGAUCCACUUCGCAGCUAGGCACAAGAUAUCGCCCUGGAUUGAGCGAUUCCCAAUGACCGAAGAUGGUCUCAAGAGUGCCUUUGGAAAGCUCGAGCGUGGCGAGAUGAGGUAUAGAGGGGUGCUCGAGAUGCCUGCGACUGGAAUAUAG